AUGCCUCGCCGGGGUGGUUCCCUCGACUCGGCCAUCGCCACGGCGCCCGGCGCGCGCACGGCGCUCUCGGGCCCGGCGACAAAGGCCAUGACGCACUUCCUGCGCAGCCGGCACGACGCCAUCCUCGUGGGCGUGGGCACCGCCGCCGCCGACGACCCGGGGCUCAACUGCCGGCUCGAGGUCGAGAUGGGCGGGGGCCACCAGCCGCGGCCCGUGGUGCUGGACCCCCGGGCGCGGUGGGCCGUCUCGGACGGCAGCAGGGCCGUGGAGCUCGCGCGGGAGGGGAAGGGGCUCGGGCCGUGGGUCCUCGUCGCCGAGGGCGUCGUCCCCGACGCGGGGCGGGCGGCGGUGCUUGAGGCGGUCGGGGGGAGGUAUAUCGCUGUCGCGGGGGCGGGGAGGGCUGCCGAGCAGGGGGUGGCGAAGGGGGGAGGGGAGGAGGCGGACCAGGCGCGAGGGGAGGGGGUGGGCGGCGGCGGCGGCGGCGGCGGCGGCGUUGCCGGCCCGAGGCCGGUGAUGACGUGGGACAACAUCUUUGGCGUGCUGUGGGAGGAGGGCAUCAACAGCGUCAUGGUGGAAGGCGGGGCCGCCGUCAUCAACGACCUGCUGCUGCUCGCCAACGAGGGGCUCGACGUGGUGGACUCGGUCAUCGUCACGGUGGCCCCCGUGUGGCUGGGCGCCGGCGCCGUCACCGUCGCGCCCGAGAGGCCCGUCGACGCGCACAUGCGCCGCGUCCCCGGGCCGAGGCUGACGGACGUCGUCUGGACCCAGAUGGGCGACGACAUGGUGCUCUGUGGGAGGAUCAUGCGGUAG